UUUCCAAAGAAAAAAUAAGAUUGAAAGAUAAUAGCAAAUGGGGACAAAAGAUGAUAAAGUUGCUAUUAGCAUGAAGGAGCAUAACAGGUUGCUCACAACGGAUACGGUCAACCGGGUCUUGGGCAAGAAACUUGGCCCUGGCUUGGUUGAGAGGCUGAAAAUUUCUCUGCAUGCUGCUGAAGCUGUGCUUGAUGAUGCUGAGUACAAGCAACUGGGCGACGAACGUGUGAGGGAUUGGCUCAACUGUCUAAGAGAUGCUGUUUACGAUGCUGAUGACUUUCUGGACGCUGUACUCACCAAGGCCGCCACUCAAAAGGAGGUACGUUCUGUCUUGCCUAGUUUCUUCCUCAACCGACAUAGGAAGAUGGUAGAUAACAUGGAAGGGGUGGUUUCAAGAAUAGAAUUUCUUGUAAGGCAAAAAGAUAUCCUUGGUCUUCAAAAGAGUACCAAGGAUAAUAACUUGUCAUCAUCAUCAUCAUUGUCAUCAUGGCGAGAAACCACAUGUCUGAUGGAAGGGAACAUAUAUGGAAGGGAGCAUGAUCAACAAGCUCUAAUCAAAACAAUAAAUGACAACAGUGAAUCUCAGUUAUCUGUGAUUCCUGUUGUUGGCAUGGGUGGGGUUGGUAAAACAACCUUAGCCAAAUGGGUGUACAGUGUCGUGGAAGGAUUUGAUCUGAAAGCAUGGGUCUGCAUCUCUGAAACAUUUGAUGUUGCUGAGAUUACAAAGAAAACCAUUGAGGAAAUUACAAAAACUACUUGUAGCCUUGGGAGUUUAAAUUUGCUUCAAAAUGAAUUGCAGAAAAUCUUGUCGGGAAAGAAGUUCUUUAUUGUUCUAGACGAUGUCUGGAGCGAUGAUGCCGAUAAGUGGAAGCAAUUUAUAACUCCUUUUCACUGUGGGGCUAAGGGUAGUACAAUUCUUCUAACAACUCGCAAUCAAGAGGUUGCUUCAGUAGUUCAAACAUGUCCCUCUUGCAUUCUUAAUGAGUUGUCCGAAGAGUCUUGUUGGUUAUUGUUUGCAGCCAACGCAUGUUUUCCGGAGUCAAACGGGAACCCAACACUAGAGGAUGUGGGCAGAAAGAUUGUGAAGAGGUGUAAGGGGUUGCCAUUAGCUGUAGAAACACUUGGGCGAUUGUUGCGAGGAAAGGAUGAUGUUAAAGAAUGGAAUGUUGUUUUAAUGAAUGACAUUUGGGAAUUGAAAAAUAGUAAAAUUAUUCUAGCAUUGUUAAUAAGCUACUUCCAGCUACCUCCUUACUUGAAGCGUUGUUUUGUUUAUUGUUCAUUGUUUCCCAAAGAUUAUCGCUUUAAGAAAGAUGAACUAAUUUUGCUAUGGAUGGCCGAAGAUCUUUUAAGGCCACCAAAGAGAGGAGAAAGUUUGGAAGAGGUUGGUUGCAAAUGUUUUGAAGAAUUAGCUUCGAGGUUAUUUUUCAAAAAGCUUCAAUAUGAGAGCGAGUAUUUUGUGAUGCAUGAUCUCUUGCAUGACUUGGCAAUAUUCCUUGCUGGAGAUUUCUAUUACAGAAUAGAAGACCUUGGUGAACAAGAAGAGAUGAAGGUUCUCAUUCAUCACUUGUCAUAUUUUCCAAGGGGAAGCUUAGAUCUUCCGAUCUCAAAAGUCUUUAGUUCCGUUGUGAAAUUGGAAUCUUUGAGGACAGGGUUGUAUAUCGAUGAUUUGUUAAGUAUGGAAAGCAUAGCAUCAAAGUUUAAAAACUUCAGAGUUUUAUCCUUUUUUAAACUUAAUGUACUGCCUGAUUCGAUAGGUGAAUUGAUUCAUCUUCGCUAUUUGAAUCUCUCUUGGGCAAACAUUCACACAUUGCCGGAGUCAUUGUGCAACUUGCAUAAUCUACAAACAUUAAUAUUGUAUGGAUGUUUGGGCUUGACUAUGUUGCCUAGUGGCAUGCAUAAGCUUGUGAAUUUACGGCAUCUUGAUCUUAGGUUGACGACCUUUUUGGAAGAAAUGCCCAGAGGAAUGAGCAAAUUGAAACAGUUGUGCAUUUUAUAUUUCUAUGUUGUGGGCAAGCAUAAAGAGAAUGGGAUCCAAGAAUUAGGAGGGCUUUUAAAUCUUCAUGGAUCAUUUGAGAUUAAGGAAUUGGAGAAUGUUGUUGAUGUCAAUCAGGCAAGGAGUGCAAGGAUGAUAGACAAGAAGCACAUUGAUGAAUUAUUCCUGGAAUGGUCUUCAGGUGAUGAUAUGGUUUUAGACACACAAACAGAAAGAGGUAUACUCAACAGCUUGCAACCGCACACUGGCUUGAAAAAAUUGAGAAUCAAGGGAUACAAGGGUACAAUAUUUCCAGAUUGGUUCGGGAGCUGUUCCUACAACAAUAUGACAAGUGUAUCUCUAGAGUCUUGCAAGAAUUGCUGCAUGCUGCCUUCACUUGGACAGCUGCCAUCUCUUAAGUUCCUGCGCAUUGAAGGUUUGGAUCAGGUGAGGAGUAUUGGCGAGGAGUUUUACAAGAAUGAAGGAGAUCAUCAUUCUUCGCAUAUUGCACCGUUUGCCUCACUUGAGAGUUUGGAGUUUGAUGACAUGCCAUGUUGGGAGGUGUGGUACUUAUCCGAGUCAGAAGCUUUUCCUCGACUCAGGGACCUUCAAGUGAAAAAUUGUCCAAAGUUAAAGGGAGAAAUGCUUAAUCACGUAUUCUUGAGAAUCAUUUCUUCAUCUGAUUUUUCGAAUGUUCACGAACUGAAAAUACAGGAAGAUCGUGAAGGAGGGUCUCAAGAGAUGCGAUUAAUUUCUGAGGGUGCUGUGUCAACGAAAAUACGGCAAGAUCAUGAAGGAGAGUCUCCAAAGGUGGUACUAAUUUUGGGGGAUACUUUAUCAAUUAGGGGAUGUGAAUCUGUAGUGGAGUCUGCAUUUAGUUCAACGAGCAUUCUAAGUUGCCUGCACACAAUAGAAAUAUCAAGGUGUUCGUCUGCUGUAUCCUUUCCAGGCAAUUGUUUACCUAAAUCUUUGAAAACUCUCAAAAUCUUGAAUUGCAGCAAACUGGAAUUCCCGCAGCAACAGCAACAGAAGUGUGAUUUGGAAGAGCUACAAAUACAUUUCAGCUGCGAUUCACUGACCGCGUUGUCGCUGGAUGCCUUUCCCAAUCUCAAGAAUCUCGAGAUAUCAUGGUGUUCAGAUCUGGAAUCAGUUUCAAUGUCAGAGCCACCACACGUGGCUCUUCAACGUCUCACCAUCAGUUGGUGCUGCAAAUUAGUGUCAUUAGCAGGAGAAGGACUGGCUGCACCAAACUUGACUCAUCUCCAUGUCAGCUUCUGCUCGAAAUUGGAGGCAUUGCCACGUCACAUGAAUACUCUUCUCCCUAAUUUACACUCUUUGGACAUAAAUUCUUGCCAGAAAGUUUGUAGGUUUCCAGAAGGUGGUUUCCCGCCUAACUUGAAACAGCUUAAUAUCGAGAAACAAUGGAGGAGUCUAUCGUCGAUGGACAACUUGGACAACCUCACUCAUCUUACUAUUUAUGGUUAUGAAUGUAAGAGCGUGAAGUCUUUCCCAGAGGUGGGUUCUCUGCCUCACCUUCCCUCCCUUACCACUCUACAUAUAUCGGGGUUUCAUAAUCUGGAGACAUUGGAGUGCAACCAGCUUCUCCGCCUCACCUCCCUCCAACAAUUACACAUUUCCAACUGUCGGAAGCUGGAGAAUAUGGCAGGAGAAAAUCUGCCUUCCUCUCUCUUACAUCUCCAAAUUGACAACUCUCCCUUGCUGAGCCAACAUUGCCAGGAGAAGCACCCAGAAAUUUGGCCCAAAAUUUCUCACAUCUCUGUCAUUGAAGUCAAUGCAUAG